CAGUGCGUGAUAUCCCUCCGCAUGGGAGAAACGCGCGGUCCUUUCCCUCCCGACAACACAGGAUGCAAACGGGCGGCGGUGAAACUGCCAGACGUUUACAGAGCUCCACGGCCGUGACCAGUUUCCGCAACAUCUGAGUAAAACACAUCGAGCCAGCACCGGGGAAGUCGCCCUCCCUCUGUCAACCACCGAACCCGCCCCGUGGCCGGCACCGCCUGAGUUCAGUACAAGAAAUAUAAUCCGCUGUGGGUGCUGCGCGGCAACUGAACCUGUCCGACUGAAGCGAGCAGCAGCCGUGGCACAGAAUGGAGCUCAUCACUAUUUUGGAAAAAACAGUUUCUCCAGAUCGGAAUGAACUGGAGGCGGCACAGAAGUUUCUGGAGCAAGCGGCGAUAGAGAACCUGCCCACGUUCCUGGUGGAGCUGUCCAAAGUGUUGGCGAACCCGGGAAACACGCAGGUGGCUCGGGUGGCUGCGGGUCUCCAGGUGAAGAAUUCCCUGACCUCCAAAGACCCCGACGUCAAGACACAGUACCAGCAGAGAUGGCUGGCCAUCGACGUCAGCGCUCGCCGCGAAAUCAAGAACUAUGUUCUACAGACUCUGGGCACGGAGACGUACCGGCCCAGCUCGGCCUCGCAGUGCGUCGCCGGCAUCGCCUGCGCAGAGAUCCCCGUCAACCAGUGGCCGGAGCUCAUCCCACAGCUGGUGGCCAACGUCACCGACCCCUCCAGCACCGAGCACAUGAAGGAGUCCACGCUGGAGGCCAUCGGCUACAUCUGCCAGGACAUCGACCCGGAGCAGCUGCAGGAGAACGCCAACCAGAUCCUGACGGCCAUCAUCCAGGGCAUGAGGAAGGAAGAGCCGAGCAACAAUGUGAAGCUGGCCGCCACCAACGCCCUGCUCAACUCGCUGGAGUUCACCAAAGCCAACUUCGACAAGGAGACGGAGAGACACUUCAUCAUGCAGGUGGUGUGUGAAGCCACGCAAUGUCCCGACACCAGAGUGCGCGUGGCAGCCCUACAGAACCUGGUGAAGAUCAUGUCUCUAUAUUAUCAGUACAUGGAGACCUACAUGGGACCUGCUCUGUUUGCGAUCACCAUCGAGGCGAUGAAGAGCGACAUCGAUGAGGUGGCGCUGCAGGGCAUCGAGUUCUGGUCCAACGUCUGUGAUGAGGAGAUGGACCUGGCCAUCGAGGCCUCGGAGGCCUCGGAGCAGGGCCGCCCUCCGGAGCACACCAGUAAAUUCUACGCCAAAGGAGCGCUGCAGUACCUGGUCCCCAUCCUGACCCAGACCCUGACCAAGCAGGACGAGAACGACGACGACGAUGACUGGAACCCCUGCAAGGCUGCGGGCGUGUGUCUGAUGCUGCUGGCGACCUGCUGCGAGGACGACGUGGUCCCGCACGUCCUGCCCUUCAUCAAAGAGAACAUCAAACACCCGGACUGGCGCUACCGCGACGCCUCCGUCAUGGCCUUCGGCUCCAUCCUGGAGGGCCCGGACCUGAACCAGCUCAAGCCUCUGGUUAUUCAGGGGAUGCCCACUAUGAUCGAGCUGAUGAAGGACCCCAGCGUGGUGGUGAGGGAUACCACGGCGUGGACGGUGGGGCGGAUCUGUGAGCUGCUACCCGAAGCCGCCAUCAACGAGGUGUACCUGGCCCCCCUGCUGCAGUGUCUGAUCGAGGGCCUGGGGGCGGAGCCGAGGGUGGCCUCCAACGUCUGCUGGGCUUUCUCGUCUCUGGCCGAGGCGGCGUACGAAGCCACGGACGCUGCAGAGGACCAGGAGGAGCCCAGCACCUACUGCCUGUCCUCGUCCUUUGAGAUCAUCGUCCAGAAGCUCCUGGAGACCACGGACAGACCCGACGGUCACCAGAACAACCUGCGCUCGGCGGCCUAUGAGGCUCUGAUGGAGAUCGUCAAGAACAGCGCCAAAGACUGUUAUCCUGCGGUCCAGAAGACCACGCUAGUCAUCAUGGAGAGGCUGCAGCAGGUCCUGCAGAUGGAGUCCCACAUCCAGAGCACCUCAGACAGGAUCCAGUUCAACGACCUGCAGUCGCUGCUCUGUGCCACUCUACAGAAUGUUCUCCGGAAGGUUCAGCACCAGGACGCCCUGCAGAUCUCCGACGUGGUCAUGGCGUCUCUGCUCAGGAUGUUCCAGAGCACGGCCGGCUCCGGCGGCGUGCAGGAGGAUGCUCUGAUGGCCGUGUCCACGCUGGUCGAAGUUCUGGGCAGCGAUUUCCAGAAAUACAUGGAUGCCUUCAAGCCGUUCCUGGGUAUCGGACUGAAGAACUACGCCGAGUAUCAGGUGUGUCUGGCUGCAGUGGGUCUGGUGUGCGACCUGUGCAGAGCUCUGACGUCCAACAUCCUGCCUUACUGUGACGAGAUCAUGCAGCUGCUGCUGGAGAACCUGGGGAACGAGAACGUCCACCGGUCAGUGAAGCCUCAGAUCCUCUCCGCCUUCGGUGAUAUCGCUCUGGCCAUCGGAGGAGAGUUUAAGAAGUACCUGGACAUCGUCCUGGACACCCUGCAGCAGGCCUCCCAGGCCCAGGUGGACAAGACGGACUACGACAUGGUGGACUACCUGAACGAGCUGAGGGAGGGCUGCCUGGAGGCCUACACCGGGAUCAUCCAGGGCCUGAAGGGCGACCAGGAGAACGUCCAUCCUGAUGUGAUGCUGGUCCAGCCUCGGGUGGAGUUCAUCCUCUCCUUCAUCCACCACAUCGCCGAGGAUGAAGAUCACUCUGACGGCGUGGUGGCCAACGCCGCGGGGCUCAUCGGUGACCUGUGCACGGCCUUCGGUAAAGAUGUGAUGAAGCUGGUGGAGGUUCGUCCUCUAAUCAACGACCUGCUGACGGAGGGCCGACGCUCCAAGACCACCAAGACUAAGACGCUGGCCACCUGGGCCACCAAGGAGCUCCGCAAGCUCAAGAGCCAGGCCUGAUGUUGGCGGCGGACCGGAGAGACGACGUGAACUUGAGGACCUGCGGCCCGUCUGGAUGAAGUCUUCUGUGUGUGUGGCGGCGUUGCGGAAGCAGAAGAAGUGCGAUGAGUGUCUGUGUGAGCGCGAGAUGAUGAUGACAUCACACCACCUUCAGUUCCAGCAGGCAACGACCCCCCUUCUCCUCUUCCUCCCGGACGGCCUGUGGACUGGACUCUGACCCCUCCCAUUACAGAAACGAGCCCCUCCCCCUCCUCCUGUCGCCGUGCAGCUGGGCCCCUCCUACGACAUCAUGACGACGUCACCGAUCCGCCCCCACACCCGGGGUGGCGGGGGGAGGAGGGGCUGAAAACACGACGAGAACCUAACGGACUUUUUGAGGAAUCAGAUGAACGAGUGACUUUGUGGAUUUCUUCUUCUUCUUCUGUGGAAAACUUCAGAUUUUUGUUGCUCUUGUUUUUCUUCUUCUGAGCACUAAAAAUGACGAUGGAGGACCGCCUCCACCCAGCUCCGCGAUGGAUGCCUCCACCGCUCCAUCCCCGGCGUUCUCCUCCACCAACAGCAGCGCUGACCCCCACCCCCCACCCCACCCCCGAGUGAAACCUGAGUGCCAAAUGGAAGCGUUGGUCCGAAGGAGCAGAAGCUGGAGCCGCCGCCAUGGCGGCGAGCCGCCUCCGUUUUAUUUCCCCGCUGCGUCGGUUUGGGAUCGGGUCACUCACCAUUUUGCUUGUUUAAAGAUAGAAAAUUGAAGACAUUUGUAUAAGGUUCUAUUUUUUCAUUGGUAUGAUGCAAAUAAAGUUAAAAUGAGAAACUUUUCCCGAGCAGUUCUUCCUGGACGCCGUCGUUCUGGACUCUGAUUGGAAGCUGGACUCUGACCGCCUCCCACCACAAACCGCCAUCUUUUUUUUCUAGCUCUUGUUUGGCCGCUGGGUUUGUUGGCUGGUGUGACAUCACAAAGCUGAGCACGCUCAGUGCGGCCUGACCGGGUCAGGUGACCCCGGAGACUCCAUGACUGAAUCAUUUAAAGCCAAUCUGCUUUUAUUUGGUUUAUUUUAACUCUAGUGAACUAAUAAAGUUUAUAUUGUAUGAAGCA